AUGGUUGCCCGUAUCUCGUCCCUCCUGCUCCUUGGAGUUUCAGCUGUCCUAGCGACUCCUCUUCUUCCUCGUCAGAGCGUAGCGACCGUCACUGUACCGGCAGCUCCCCCUUCCUCGACAGCUUGGGACACGGGUGCUGUUCAUGAAUAUCCCAUUCACGCUUCAUGCAACGCAAACCAGCGCGCCUACCUUAAGAAAGGCCUUCAAGAGACUGCCACCCUCUGUCGUCAGGCUCGCGACCACAUCCUCCGCUGGGGAAACUCCUCAGAUAUCUACCAAAAGUACUUCGGUGAUGCGCCUACCGGAGAACCACUCGGGUGGUUCACGAAGAUUGUUGACGGUGACAAGUCUGAUGUCCUUUUCAGAUGCGACAACAUCGACGGCAAUUGCGGGCAGAAGGGCUGGGCUGGUCAUUGGCGCGGCUCCAACGGAACUUCUGAGACUGUAAUCUGCGACCUGUCCUAUGAGAUCCGCCGGCCUCUCGAGGGAAUGUGCAUGUUUGGUUAUGAUGUCGCCAACGGUGCUACCAACCUGUACUGGGCCUCUGACCUCCUCCAUCGUCUUCUGCACGUUCCAAAGGUCGGUGAGGGUGCUGUCGAGCACUACGGUCAUGAAGGCAAGUAUUCCGGCGUCCUCAGUCUGGCUAAAGAGAAUUCCACAUAUGCCGUAAAGAACAGCGACACUUUGCAAUACUUUGCUCUUGAGGUGUAUGCCCACGACAUCGCCGUGCCCGGCAUCGGCUGCGCUGGCACGUACACUGCAACUUCGACUGCUGCCACCACAGCAAUGAGUGCAGCAUCAGUAGCUGCCAGCUCUAAUGCGGCGACCCCUAGCACGGCUGCUGCUACUACAACUGCUGUAGCGGAGGCUUGUACCCCUCAUGGUGACCAUUGGCACUGUCCUCCUGGCGUCCCUGAGCCAAGCUCUCCUCCCUCCUGA